CAAGGAACUGCUGUCAAAAUCCAAGAAAGUGUAACUGCCUCAAACCUUAGCAACAAUAAACAUAGCGUUAGAAGUGUAACUGCUUUUUGUGUUGUUCAUCCUUCAAAUUCUAUAGCAGGAUCAGAGUCGAUAUUCAGAUUCUCCCUUCUUUGUCUUGAGUAAAAUGCCUCGCCGUAGUGGUGGAUCUGACCGUUCAGCUCCACGUCCUGCUCCACGGACAGUUAACCCUGCUCCACCUCCAGCUCCUGCUCAGAAUGGCAACAGUGGAUCUCUCUUAGGAACCGUAGCUGAAGGAAUGGCUUUCGGUGGUGGAGUUGCUGUGGUCAACAGGGCUUUGGAUUCUGCUUUGGGUCCUCGAAUUAUUCAACAUGAAACAGUAGCUACUGGGUCUUCUACUGUCCCAGCUGCAACUGCUAACAGUUUUGGUAGUGAUGCAUGUAAUCUUCACUUGAAGGCUUUCCACGAUUGCCUGAACAGCUAUGGGAGUGACAUUAGCAAGUGUCAGUUUUACAUGGACAGCUUAGCACAGUGCAGAAGGAACUCCGGAGCCACAUUGAGCGCAUGAAGAAGAACAUGUUUCCUUCGUUUGUUUUGCCUUGCAAUGCUAUUACUUAAGACUUUGCACUACUUUUUUUAUUAUAGCACAUAUUCCAUUUUUAACAACCCGUGUUGGUAAACACUUACAAACUGGCAUGAACCCGUUAUGAAUUUGUUCUACAUUGCUAAUUUAUUACAAAUAAAUUA